GGAGUUUUUCUAGUUGCAGCCUGGCAUUAAAAAAUCAUAUAUUUACAGAGGGAGAGAGAGAGAGGGGAGAGAGGGAGGCAAAGAGGAGAGAGAGGUUUUAAGAAGUUUGGUCGUCUGUUUUAUUUUGUAGCUACUGAAUAAAAAAGUAGUUCCAGAGGAAAAGAAAUCACUCUCUCUAACCUGCUGAAAGAGGAAUCAGAAAUUCAAAGAUUGUGGCUGACGUUAUCAUUCUCCGCCUCCCUCUACGUAUCACCUAUACAUAUAUAUACACAUACGCAGACGCAAAUAGUCUUGUAGUAUAAACACAGCAAGAUUUAUUUAGAAGAUCAAACGGGAAGAAAAAGAUUUGCUUUUUUUUCGAUAAUGGAUGCUUUGUGGUUUAAGGCGGGGAUCCACGCCAUGGCGGCGGCGCCGAUCGCCGCCGCCUCCGGAAAUGGGGAGGUCCGCCUGAGCGAUAGGCCGUCCGUCUCGACGGCGCAGCCGAAGAGCUCGCCGUGGGGUUUCACUUUCCGGCACCCCCUCAGAUCUCUGUGGCCCGGCCCCGGCGGCAAAAACCGGUUCGAACCGGCCAUCUCGGUCGACGACGCCGUUUUGGCUGAGGAGAGGGAUGACGUCAGAGAAAGCGAAGAGGAGGGCCGCAAUGGGAAUUGGGUUCUUAAGAUUUUGCAUGUGAGAUCUCUGUGGAAAGAGGAGGAAAAACACGGCGAUCUGGUGGAGGAGUUGGGGGUGAAAUUGGAAGAAGACGGCAAAGAUUGCGGUGGAGAGAGAGAAGGAUGCGAUGUUUGCGAUUGCGACUACGAUGAUGAAGAAAAUAUUCAAUUUGAUAGAGAAUCCUUCUCCAAAUUGCUGCGGAAGGUGCCUCUUGCAGAAGCUAGAUUUUAUUCGCAGAUGUCUUAUUUGGGGAGUUUGGCUUAUUCGAUAUCACAAAUUAAGCCAGGAAAUCUGCUGAGACACCAUGGACUACGGUUCGUGACUUCAUCGUUGGAGAAGAAGGAACAAGCGUUGAGAGUCGAGAAAGAGAAGAUCUCAGCUGAAGAGGCGCAACAAGAACUGAAGACUGCAACUGGAGCUCAGGAUGAUGAAUGCCAUGGAACAGAGAGUGAAGACGUUGGUGAGGCGAAGGCUAAUGGAAUAAGACCGUCUGCUGCCUAUCAAAUUGCAGCUACUGCGGCUUCCUAUCUGCAUUCGCAUACCAGAAGCAUUCUUCGGUUGAAAUCAUCCAAAUCAACGGCGAAUGAUGAGGAUUUGGCUGAAGAAGCCGAGGGACGCAUGAAUGAGGACGUGGCUUCGUUGAUGGCAACCACAGACUCGGUGACUGCAGUUGUUGCUGCAAAGGAGGAAGUAAAGCAGGCCGUUGCAGAUGAUCUGAACUCGAUCAAAUCCUCACCGUGUGAGUGGUUUGUUUGUGAUGAUGAUCAAAACGCCACGAGAUUCUUUGUCAUACAGGGGUCAGAGUCGCUGGCUUCAUGGCAAGCUAAUCUAUUGUUUGAGCCCAUUCAGUUUGAGGGUCUGGACGUCCUCGUUCACAGAGGUAUCUACGAGGCUGCAAAAGGGAUUUACGAGCAAAUGCUGCCUGAAAUCCGGGAGCAUCUCAAAUCUCACGGUGAACGUGCCAAAUUCCGUUUCACAGGGCACUCACUCGGCGGAAGCCUGUCAUUGCUCGUAAAUCUCAUGUUGCUGAUAAGGGGCGAAGCGCCUCGUUCCUCUUUGCUUCCUGUGAUAACUUUCGGGUCGCCAUCAAUCAUGUGUGGUGGGGAUCGCCUGCUGCGCAAUCUGGGGCUGCCUCGACAUCAUGUCAAGUCGAUCACAAUGCACCGGGACAUCGUACCACGUGCUUUCUCGUGCAACUAUCCCAACCAUGUUGCUGAGUUUCUCAAGGCUGUGAAUGGGAACUUCCGCAAUCUUUCGUGCCUCAGCAAACAGAAGUUGUUAUACACUCCAAUGGGGGAUUUCUUGAUUCUCCAACCCGACGACAAAUUCUCGCCCAGCCACGACCUCCUCCCCUCGGGCAGCGGCCUCUAUCUGCUGACCUGUCGAGAAGAAGACGCUGACGAGGCAGAGAAGCAGAUCCAAGCUGCACAGACCGUGUUCUUGAACUCGCCUCACCCUCUCGAGAUCCUGAGCGACCGUGCUGCAUACGGCUCCGGUGGCUCCAUCCAACGAGACCACGACAUGAACUCUUACUACAAAUCCGUUAGGAACGUCAUCCAGCUCGAGCUGAAACGCAUCAGGAAGGCGAGGAGGGAGCGCCGCAGGAAAGCCUGGUGGCCGCUGCUUGCACCCGGUGGGAUCAAUGCCGGCAUCAUCGUUACUAGGCCGGGCAGCGGCAUGGUCGGGCAGGGGCAGCUGAACUUUGCCGGCGUCGUUCAGACUGGGCGGGAGUCGCUGAAACGGUUUAGUCGGUUAGUUGCCUCUCAACACAUGCAUCUGCUUGUGGUGUUCUUGUUUCCUGCAAGAUUAUUGAUAUUGGGAGCCUUUAGUUUGGUCAAAUUUAAUUGAUCAUAAACACUUUUGCAAACUUUGGGUGAUGAUUUUUCACUAGGGUUUGCAAUAAUAGUAGUAGAUGAUUCUUUAUUCAUUUUUCCAAAUGGGAGGCAAGAAUCUUGGUGACCAAAUUGCAAACUUUGGUCAAAUUAUGGAAAUUUACACGAAUAUUGUUCUUAUAUAUAUAUAAAUAAACAUUUAUUUAUAUAUACUUGCAUUUGAUUGAA